UGGCAGCAUCUGCGCUGGCCAGCGGCCGUCAUAGCCUCCGCACUGAGAAGUGCGGCAUCGCCACCCGCCAAAGGGCACCGCUGGCCAUAUAGGGACGGCGAGCCACGCCGCCCCGGGGUCCGCAGCCUCCAUCGCCUGCCCGCAUCCCACCAUAUCCCGCCUGCGUGCCUGCCAGCAUCCCACCAUAUCCCGCCUGCGUGCCUACCAGUACUCCUCCUCUGACCGCCCAAGCCACUCGCCGCGCUGUAAACAGCCUCGACGGCGCUAGACACGCCCGUUGCAUGCCGCCAUGAUCUCCACGUGCUCCGGCUCAAACACAUGGACGCAGCAUGCCCUCCGGAUGAGAACGCCCGACGACGCAGGCCUUGCUUUCUCCAACAUCGCCCCGCCCCCUGACCAGUUUCUCUUCGUCUCCGACCUGGGCCAGCACGACGAAAAGCCCACCAUCCCCUCGGCACUCGCUCUCACCCUGUCUGGCGAGUCCCAGCCGCAAGACUUCUCCAGCGGCGCCUCCUCGGACAGACCCUUUGCUGCCGCCGCUCUGUACCCGCUGCAAACAUCCUUCGCUGCUGCCAACGCCAACGCCAUGCACAUGGGCGACGCGCUCCAUGGCUCCUGCAUGUCACCACCGCAGACGCGCUUCAAUAGCGACGCCGGCGGAUGCGGGUCCUACGACUCAACCAACAAUUUCUCCGCAGACGACCACGCCUACUCAGCCACCUCUACCACGCCUACACAGUGGUCCUACGCCAUGGAUCGGGAACCACCCACGAGCAAGCGGCGGCCUGAGAGCGUCCACGGCCAGAUGGACUCUGCCCCUGCACGCCGGCGACGCUCGUCAGACAAGGCCGAACCCGGCUCUGCACGCGCAGUCUAUCUGGAGAAGAACCGCCACGCAGCCAGCAAGUGCCGCACCAAGCAAAAGCGCCAGCAAGAGGACCUGGUCGAGACAGCCCGCGACGCCGAGCGCAAGAACAAGGUGCUCAAGUCCGAGGUCGAGUUGCUCAAGAGCGACCUGCGCGGUCUGAUGGAGCUCGUGGGCCAGCACCACGAGUGUCCCGAUGGACGGCUGCGGACAUACCUCCAGCUGGAAGCCGACCGCCUGUCACAACGGGGGAACCGGAGUACAGUCGGGGAGCUUCGCUCGCCCAAGUCAAGUGUUAGCGGCGACAGUUCCUCGCCAGGCAACACAUGAAGGAGCGGUUUGUCUGCGUGCUCUGAUUUCAAUGGCGUUCAAGCGGGUGGUAUUCUGGGUGACGCGGGCGGUUGCCCGUCUCUUUAGGGCAUAGGAUCGAUACCCUACGCACGAUUGUUGCUGUCGCUCACUGCGGUUCAGUGUAGCGACUACAUUUAGUAACGACUCAUGAAUGUAACGAAAGAUCGUAAUCUACAAAAUGUACUUUUGCUCUCACGAAACUUCAAUUCGUGUCUCUGCUCUCAGUUCACCAGAAACGCCAGGUUCUGGUUGUACCUUUCCGCGCAUAUCAAGCACAGAGCGGUGCGCGCAGCAUGGUCGUAGACUGCGGCAUCGACACACGCUACCGGGAUGCUGUGAGUGCC